GAGCAAAAAGUGAGCUUGUCCACCUAGUGCUUUCUUCACAGACGGCUGCAUGAUAAUCCCAAUCUGAGGCCAUUAGUGCUCUGAGAGAGAGAGAGAGAGAGAGAGAGAGCGAGUGUUCACCGGAGAGAGGGAGGAGUGACUGCUCUGGACAGAGACGCACGGCUGAAAAAAGGACGGCAGAACAGGAGGAGAGCUUUUAAGGGAUUUGGCGGAGAUUUGGAGAUUCUCAUGCCGUGAUGUUGCACUUAUCUCUGCUCCUGCCACGAUACCGCGCUCUGAAAACCCUCCAGAGCCUCUUCUUCAUUUAGGCUUUUUUUUAAAUCACAUCCGUUAUUUUUUUUUUUCAAAUAUUUUCUAACUUGUUUUUUGUUUAGUUUUUUUUUUUUAUUUUAUUUUUGUUGUCUUUUUUAACCGUGCAGAGCAGGCAGUCUGAGAUGACAGAGCCUUGGGUUUGAAGUGCAGUCCGUCCAAACGGGACCGAGGUUGGAGGCCCGCCUGGAGAAUCUCCUGUGAUGGAUGAAUGAAUGAAGAGUGAUCCAUGAAGAAUGGGCAGGUAGACGGAGUGGCCCGGUGCUGCCAGUACCUCUGCUGGACAUCAUCAUGAUGCCAGAGGCCUGUCUAUACCGUCUCCUCUGCCGUUCCACUUCGCUGUUGGCGUCCCGUCCAUGGCUUCGUGCGCUUUGGCUCCUGCUGGUGGGCUCCAGCCCCCUCUCACUGGGCACCCAGCCCCAGUCCAGCCUCAAAAUCGAGGGCGACAUCACCCUGGGCGGGCUCUUCCCGGUGCACUCCCGGGGCCCUGCCGGCGUGCCCUGCGGCGAGAUCAAGAGGGAGAAGGGGAUCCAUCGGCUGGAGGCCAUGCUGUACGCCUUGGACCAGAUCAACAGCGACCCCGACCUGCUGCCUAACAUCACCCUGGGGGCCCGGAUCCUCGACACCUGCUCCAGGGACACCUACGCCCUCGAGCAGUCGCUCACCUUCGUCCAGGCCCUCAUCCAGAAGGACAACUCAGGGGUCCGCUGCUCCAACGGGGAGCCCCCCAUCAUCCCCAAACCGGAGAGGGUGGUGGGAGUGAUCGGGGCGUCGGGCAGCUCCGUGUCCAUCAUGGUGGCCAACGUGCUCAGACUGUUUGCGAUCCCCCAGAUCAGCUACGCCUCCACCGCCCCGGAGCUGAGCGACAACAGCCGCUACGAGUUCUUCUCCCGCGUGGUGCCGCCGGACUCCUACCAGGCCCAGGCCAUGCUGGACAUCGUCAAGGCCAUGGGAUGGAACUACGUCUCCACGCUGGCCUCCGAAGGCAACUACGGGGAGAGCGGCGUGGACGCCUUCGUGCAGAUAUCCAGAGAAGCAGGGGGCCUCUGCAUCGCUCAGUCCAUAAAGAUCCCCAGAGAGCCCAGACGAGGCGAGUUCGACAAAAUCAUCAAGAGACUGAUGGAGACUUCUAACGCUCGCGGGGUAAUCAUCUUUGCUAACGAAGACGACAUCAAACGGGUGCUGCAGGCUGCGAAAAAAGCCAACCUGACAGGCCACUUCCUGUUUGUCGGGUCCGACAGCUGGGGGGCCAAAAGCUCCCCCAUCGAAGAUCAGGAAGAGGUGGCAGAGGGAGCGGUCACCAUCCUGCCGAAAAGAGCCUCUAUUGAUGGGUUUGACCAGUACUUCACCUCGAGGUCCCUCGAAAACAACAGAAGGAACAUCUGGUUCGCUGAAUUCUGGGAGGACGACUUCAAGUGCAAACUGACUCGACCUGGCAUAAAAUACGACCCCGACAGAAGGAAAUGCACAAGCGAAGAAAGAAUCAGCCGGGACUCUCAGUACGAACAGGAGGGCAAGGUGCAGUUUGUCAUCGACGCCGUGUACGCCAUGGCCCACGCGCUGCACAGCAUGCACAUGGACCUCUGUCCCGGCUCCAUGGGCGUCUGCGAGAAGAUGGACCCCGUGGAGGGGCGAAUGCUCCUCCAGUACAUUCGCUCUGUAAACUUUAACGGGAGCGCAGGUACGGCAGUGAUGUUCAAUGAGAACGGAGACGCUCCCGGUCGCUACGAUAUCUUCCAGUACCAAAUAUCCAACGUCAGCAACCCCGGCUACAGGGUCAUCGGCCAAUGGACAAACCACCUGCGACUUAACCUGGAGGAGAUGCAGUGGUCAGGAGGUGACCGCAAGAUCCCGGAGUCCGUGUGCAGUUUCCCCUGUGAGCCCGGUGAGAGGAAGAAGAUGGUGAAGGGCGUUCCCUGCUGCUGGCACUGUGAGCUCUGUGACGGCUACCAGUUCCUGCUGGACGAGUUCUCCUGUGACAUGUGCCCUUUUGACAUGCGGCCCCUGAAGAACCGCACAGGCUGUCGGCCCACGCCCAUAAUCAAGUUGGAGUGGAGCUCUCCCUGGGCCAUCAUCCCUGUCUUCCUGUCCAUACUGGGAAUCCUAGCCACAACUGGAGUCAUCGCCACCUUUGUCCGAUUCAACGACACGCCCAUUGUUCGCGCAUCUGGCAGAGAGCUGAGCUACGUCUUGCUGACGGGCAUCUUUCUCAUCUACCUCAUCACCUUCUUCAUGAUUGCGGAGCCCAGUGCGGGUGUGUGCACCAUACGCAGGCUGCUGCUAGGUCUCGGGAUGUGCAUCAGCUACUCCGCAAUGCUCACCAAGACCAAUCGGAUCUACCGGAUCUUUGAACAGGGCAAGAAAUCUGUCACGCCUCCCAAGUUCAUCAGCCCCACUUCUCAGCUGAUUAUCACCUUCAUCCUUAUUUUGGUUCAGUUACUGGGGGUGUUCAUUUGGUUUGGCGUGGUUCCCCCUCACACUACCAUUGACUACGAUGAGCUAAAGCCUCCGAAUCCGGAGUUUGCACGCGGGAUCCUGAAGUGCGACAUGUCUGAUCUGUCCCUUAUACUCUGUCUGAGCUACAGCAUUGUGCUCAUGAUCACCUGCACGGUGUACGCCAUCAAGAGCAGAGGAGUCCCGGAGACCUUCAACGAGGCAAAGCCCAUUGGCUUCACCAUGUACACCACCUGCAUCAUCUGGCUGGCCUUCGUUCCCAUCUUUUUUGGAACAGCACAGUCUACAGAGAAGAUGUUCAUCCAGACCACCACCCUGACCGUCUCCAUGAGCCUGAGCGCCACCGUGUCCCUGGGCAUGCUCUACAUCCCCAAGGUCUACGUCAUCAUCUUCCACCCGGAGCAGAACGUCCAGAAGAGGAAGCGCAGCUUCAAAGCCGUGGUCCAGGCGGCCACCGUGUCCACGCGCCUGUCCCAGAAGGUCAACGACAAGCAGAACGGGGAGUCCAAGAUGGAACCGGACAGGUCUCAGUGACAUUUAGAGCUGGAAACAUCUGAGCGUCUGUUUCUGUCCUUGAGUUGUGGAACCAAACUACCAGCAAAUGUGGAGGUUUAGAAAACUUUAUUCAACCUGGAGGGAAACAUGGAAACAAAGGAAAAACUAACACUCACACACAUAGGGACUGUAGCAAUACUAAGCCGUCUUGAAUCAAAUGGAAAAACAACUGGUUUUUUUAUGCUCCUUUAUCCACUGACUGCUCUAGUCUGUAGGUGGAUAAAAGGGGAGGAGUUAUUAAUUACAUUUUAAAAAUAUGAAAUUGGUGCACAAGUUUGAAUUCAAUGUUGAUUUUCUAAUCCAAAAAGAAACUAAAUGAGACGUAGAAGCUCAAAUACGUACGUAAACAUCCGCCGAUAUUUGAGUAAAUGUCCUUCAGCACACCGCAGAGAAACCAUACACUUUUUAAGGCAGUCAGCAUAAUUCUGGCAUAAUUCUGCACGGAUAUUUCACCAUUCUUCUUCUUAGGAAUGGUCAACACAUUUAAAUCGCAUUCAUUCCACAAGCCUAAAGUCGGCCUGCUUCAUGCAUUCCAAAAAACAGUUUUAAUUAGGAGUGCACCGAUACAAUUUGCAGAUAGGACGAUACUUACAAGAGAAGCCGAUCUUAUCUAACUCUGCAAAGGUGUAUCCUUUUUCUCUCCUGGCUUAAGUGACAGAUCUUCUACCCGGUCACAUCUGCACGUUGCCAACGAUUUGACUAUGCUGCUUUAUUUACCAACUUUUCAGACCAAAAAAAAGUUGGUCUGAAAAAAGCCAACCUUUUCAGUUGGCUUUUUUAUUGGCCAAUACAAAAUUUUGGCUGAUUUUGUAUCGGCCAAAAUUGGAAUCGACAGGUCAGGCUUUUCAAAAGAUAGGCGAUCGACUGGAAAACUUGAGUCGGUGCAGCUCUAGUUUUAAUGCGUCACAUCCACAGGUGACCAAGUUUCAGGCGACUGGCUGUGAAGUUCAAGAAUCUUGAUCUAGUCCUCCUGCUUCAACGAUCAAACAUCCAUCUGCAAAUUGUGCCUGAAGUACAAAAUCUGUGCGGGUUUCAAAACAAUUUCUACAUUCCUACAUAUACUGUAUGAGCCUAUAGUUAUAAUUUUCACCCUUUGUGGAGAACAAAAAAUUCACAUUUAAUUUCUAUUUUUAAAAAAAAUAAAAAAUGCUGUUUGGGUUUAGAAACCACCCAAACAGCAUUUUGGUUCAAAUGGUUCUAAU